UACUCAGGGGGAUAGUGUGAUGAGGAUUCUAAGCGUUGCAGCAUUUGUUGUUUCUAGUUAUGCCUCUACGGAUGGAAGGAGUUGUAAGCCCUUCAACCCUCUUCUUGGGGAGACCUAUGAAGCAGAUUAUCCAAAUAAAGGUCUUUGUUUUUUCUCAGAAAAGGUUAGUCAUCAUCCAAUGGUUGUUGCAUGCCACUGUGAGGGAAAUGGCUGGAGGUUUUGGGCAGAUAGCAACCUAAAGAGCAAGUUCUGGGGUCGCUCCAUUCAACUUGAUCCUGUUGGUGUGUUAACACUGGAGUUUGAUGAUGGUGAAGUUUUCCAGUGGAGCAAGGUGACCACUUCCAUUUACAAUCUCAUAUUGGGUAAACUGUACUGUGAUCACUAUGGUACUAUGCGCAUUCAAGGUAAUCGCGAAUAUUCAUGUAAGCUGAAGUUCAAGGAGCAGUCAAUUAUUGAUCGCAACCCUCAUCAGGUAUUUAAUAAAUUGCCUGUAUACUAGAUGUAUUUUGUAUGCUUGUUCUUCUGAUUUCUCCUUUUAUUUCCUAACUUUGCAGUUUGUUUGUCACUAAGAUGAUGCUUUUCCAUGCAUAUUAGUUAAAGCAAGUGAUGCAUCUGUGCCUUUUGGCAAGACAUAUUUUUAGCAGUUUAUAUAUAUUCAUUUGAAAGCAUAAUGGGUUCACCUUUUAACAAUGUGUAUCGAUUUCCUUUGAAAAAUAGUUGGUGUUUAAUGUGAUGUUUCUCAAAGUUUUGGCACCCAGGAAUUUUAGAAUCUAACUUGAAAAUGAUACAAGUCUUGAGCCUUAUGCUAUUAUUUUGAAAAAAAGGCAAUAUUGCGCACAAAUAAAAUAAAUAGUAUUUUGGCUCAGAAAUCAACUACUGAAUUCAAAGGACCAUUUUGACCCUAUUGUGCUCCGAAAUCAACUAUUGAAUUCAAAGGACCAUUUUGGCCCUAUAGUGCUCUGAAUAGUUUGAUCAUAUUCCAACUUCAGCCUUUUGGGCAGUGAAGCCUCAUACAGAGGGUGGGCUUUUAUCUAGAAAUAGGCUGAAAUGUUACUUGUACCACCUGAAUAAAACAGUGAGAAUUGAAAGCAUAAAGCUCAUUGACUCCCAAUCCAGAAAUGUUCCAUCCUACCAGCCAA